GCAGUGCUAAGUAAUUGAUUAAAAACUGAGCUGAAUGGAUCUUGCUGAAGUUCCCGAGGGGUAAUAAUCCUUUCUUUGUUCUGAAUCUUCUCAAUUGUAUGGACAAUUUAUACCUAGUUUGCUGGUCCCAAGUGGAGUAGGAUAUGAAAUUGUCAUCGAUUGGUUCUUACAUAUGUUAUGGUUUUCUUGCAUUUGUUAUUGAUGUCGCAGGAUUGAUCCAAAGAGUGCAUGUAGAAUAGAAAUCACUGUUAAUUCUUAUUUCACCAUGCGGGAUGGUAGAAAGGAGUAUAAUCGGGGUAGGCUAGUAAAAUUCAUUGUUGAUUCAGAAGAAUACUCUAUCAUUGACCUGGAGAAAGAUAUUGCUUCAGAAUUUAAAUGGGCAAGUGACCAACAGGCAAAUUUCUGGAUUCUAACAGAGGGUAGCUUAACAUGCAAGUUGGUUUCGGAUGCACAGUUUCUUGACUUGUUAAGGGCAUCUAGAGUGGUGAAAUUGUUAAUGAUAGUGGGCAGGCAGGAGCACAAUGUGAGAGAGGGAGAGAUGCCUACCGCAGUGAGCAUGGGAGAGGAGGAUAUGCCUGUUGCAAUGAACAUGGAAGAGGAGGUGAUGCCAGCAACAAAGGACAAUACUUUGGAUGUACUAGAUGAAAGAUUUUCAUGGGCAGAAAUACCUGAAUAUGGGGAAACAACUGGAGGGCAACCAUUGGCUAAAGAGGAAGAGAAGGAGCACUUCAUCAUUGGGGGGUGCGAUCCUAAUGGAGAUGAGCCUGCUGGAGUAGACGAAGAGUGGAGGUACUUUAAAAAUGUUGACCAUGUAGUUACUAAUCUGGCUGAAAAUCAUGGAGUUGAGGUGCAAAAUAGAAAGAGGCCAAGGUCUGUUCCAGAAAUCAGAGACUACGAUACAGAAGUUGUUCGUGAUGAUGAGGCUACUAUGCUUGAUGAUUUUAUUGUGCCUCACACAUCACAUGAUACAGAGAAUCUAGGCAUUAAGGAGGGUGACACAUUUGUGGACAAGAAUGAUUUUGUCCACUAUAAAACAAUAUGCCAUAAAAAAUGAGUUUGAGACUAGGCUUGAACAUAGUGAUAAACAAAGGUACAGGGCAAAGUGUGCAGAUAAAGAUUGUGAUUGGAGAGUAUUUGCAAAGAAACUACAUGGUGGCAACACUUUCAUGGUGGUCAAAAUCUCAAAAUUGGAUGAACACACUUGUUCCACUACAAGCAAGAUAAAGGGACGAGAGGCUUCCAUAUCUUGGAUAUCUCAAAAGGUGAAAGAUGUUGUAAAAGAGGAUCUUACUUUAGGUGCAAAGAAGUUACAGAAAAGAUUGGAGAAACACUACAACAUUCAGAUGUUGUAGUACGAGAUGAGCAAGCAUAGAAUAAGGAACGCCUCCGCUAUGAACAAGAACAAGGGAUCCAUGACUACCGAAAGAUGGAUUCAAUUCGUGGUGCAUCACGGCAAUUUUAGUUAUUUAUAAGCGAUACAAGUCUUCUCUCGACUCUCGUGUAGACCAUGAUCGAUUUUAUGAGGUGGGUGGAAGAGAUAUCAUCGAUCCUUGUCAUUAAAAAA